AUGUCUGCCGUUCAAUCGCCAUGCAAAUUACAACCUCCUUCUCUUACCCUUCAAAGUGGCAUGCAUACUCCGUUAUUCCGCACACCUAAGUUAUUGCGAAACUCAGCGAUUUUAAAGGCACCAAUUGCCAACGGGCCUGGUGGAGCACAAUACCGUUGUGAAAUUUUAAUUUCCAACGACCUUAUAGGAUGCGUGAUUGGAAGGGGAGGUAAUAAAAUCAACGAAAUUCGGCAGGCUUCGCAGGCCAGAAUCAAAAUUUCUAGUGGUGAAGAAGGUAUUAAUAUCCGCCGAGUGGUAAUCACAGGAACUCUGAGUGCAGUACAAUCUGCUCAUUCACAAAUUAGUAACAGUAUUGAGUUACACAAGCAUAUAUUGGCACUAAACAUAGCAAUGAAGAAUGUGUUUUCAUCGAGGAAUGACUUCAAAGAUGAGUUAACAGACCAAUCUAGUAAAUCAUCAAACCACUCCUCGGACGACCUAAUUGAAAAUUCUGGAAUAAAUAUUAAUAAUGGCAUUCAAAGUCACACUUGUAACCGAAAGAAUCUACCGAGAAUAAUAAAUGACGUGCCUGCUGUAUUAUCCGAUUCUCAAAAUAUGAAAUGUAUGUUUCCAUGUAGGAUACAGUCAGACUUUAAAAAAAGUCAAAAUACCAUUCUCCAUUCAGCACCCGAAAGAAAAGAAACAGCAUUCCGAUACGAAAAAGAAUGUUCACCCUUCUGUUGGGAUCGACAAGGCAGUGGUUUGCAAGUACCCAGAGAAUCUAGAAUCGGAAGUAUCACCCAAACAACACGAAUAAGUACACCAAUCCUAUCUGCUGACUUAUUUAGACAGAAAGCCCAUUUGGACGUAACAGACACGAAGCAACUAAGUCCAUGUAAUGUUCUUAAUUUUAUUCAAAAGUUGCAACACACUUCUCAAUGA